ACGCCGGGGGGACCUCGGGGGCUGCCCCCCACCUCCUCCGCCCUCCCUGGGAGACCUAGUGCUCCUGAACGCCAAGCACUCCCUCUACUACGCGAAAAACCUUCACGUUUAGAUGUUUCUUCAUUUGGGAGCAGUUAUCCUAGUCUACACCAUUCCAGAUUAGUGUAGAUGGAAUUGAAUAGGAUCCCAUACUGAAACCCAGUUCAUUUACUCUGAAGGUGACUUCACUUGGAAUAGCAUGUCAGGCCGCAGUGUUCGGCUCAAAUCUGUCCCUGUUCAAAGUCUUUCAGAAUUGGAACGUUCCCGGUUACAGGAAGUGGCUUUUUAUCAGUUGCAACAAGAUUGUGACCUAGGAUGUCAGAUAACUAUUCCCAAAGAUGGACAAAAGAGGAAGAAAUCAUUACGGAAGAAACUGGAUUCCCUUGGAAAGGAAAAAAACAAAGAUAAAGAGUUCAUACCCCAGGCUUUUGGAAUGCCUUUAUCUCAAGUAAUAGCUAAUGAUCGGGCAUACAAGUUGAAGCAAGACACUCAAAAGGAAGAGCAGAGAGAUGUUUCAGAAUUUGUAGCCUCCCUUCUACCAUUUGGGAGUAAAAGACCGAACAAGGAACUCUCAAGCAGUAACUCAUCUCUUAGCUCCACCUCGGAAACUCCAAAUGAAUCUACUUCCACUAAUACACCAGAGCCAGCUCCACGGGCCAGGAGGAGAGGUGCAAUGUCUGUGGACUCCAUUACUGAUCUUGAUGACAGUCAGUCUCGACUGUUGGAAGCUCUACAACUGUCAUUGCCUGCUGAAGCUCAGAGCAAGAAAGAAAAGUCCAGGGAUAAGAAGCUAAGUCUCAAUCCUAUUUACAGACAAGUUCCUCGGUUGGUAGACAGCUGCUGCCAGCAUUUAGAAAAACAUGGUCUCCAAACAGUGGGUAUUUUCCGAGUUGGGAGUUCAAAAAAGAGAGUAAGACAGUUACGUGAAGAAUUUGACCGUGGUGUAGAUGUAAUAUUGGAUGAAGAACAUAGCAUUCAUGAUGUGGCUGCUUUACUGAAGGAAUUUCUUCGUGACAUGCCUGACCCACUGCUGACUAGAGAGCUUUAUACUCCAUUUAUCAACACUCUCUUAUUAGAGGGUCAUGAACAACUAAGCACGCUGCAGCUUCUUAUUUUUCUUCUCCCUCCCUGCAACUGUGACACCUUGCAUCGACUCUUGCAGUUUCUUGCUACUGUAGCUAGCCAUGCAGAAGACCGAAUAGACCAAGAUAGCCAAGAGAUUCCUGGCAACAAAAUGACAUCACUCAACCUAGCCACUAUAUUUGGGCCUAAUCUGUUGCACAAGCAGAAGACAACAGACAAAGAAUUCACAGUUCAAAGUACAGCACGUGCUGAGGAAAGUGCUGCAAUUAUUGCUGUGGUACAGAAAAUGAUUGAAAACUAUGAAAUGCUUUUCAUGGUCCCUGCUGACCUCCAAAAUGAAGUUCUCAUUAGUCUGCUUGAGACUGACCCUGAUGUUGUUGACUAUUUACUGAGAAGGAAAGCUUCCCAGUCAUCAGGUCCUGAAGCACUCCAGUCAGAAGGUUCUUUCUCCAUGGAAGGAAGACAUUCAUCCAUAGAUUCAAAUAGAGCCUCGAGUGGUGACAUCUCACCGUAUGACAACAAUUCCCCAGUGCUCUCUGAACGUUCUCUUUUGGCAAUGCAAGAAGAUAUGUCCCUCAGUUCUGAGAAGUUAUUUAAAGUACCAGAACAGUGCACGAUGAUUAGUAAUUUUCAGCCGAAAUCAAGAGAAAAUUCCCUUGGAUCAUGGCUUGGGAAAGAUGUUUCAGAGGACUAUUUUGACAUAUGGGGAACCUGGCAUUCAACACUGAAAAGUGGUACCAAAGAUACAGAAGUUACAGGAUCCUACGGAGACAUCUAUGAGAGCAGCUCACUGCGGCCAGGGCAGUGCUCUCUUUCUCAAGGGAACCUGUCGCUGCCCUCGCCUCAGUGGCAGUGGAGCAACACAGAAAUAGAUCGCGGGAAGCAAACCAUCCGAAGGAGCCAGACUGCUGCUGACCUUCCUGAAUGUCGCUCUCAUCCCCCCCUCUCUCGGGUUUGCAGCACCCCACAAAUGGAAGUCAGCAGAAGGAAUUCCAGCCAGUCCAAUCCAGAGCAGCAUUUUUCUGUGGGAAACACAGAGCACCUUACAGGGCAUAACUCAGACUCAGCUUGUUUGCACAGCAUGGGGAAACCAUUGUAUCUGAGACAAGCUGAAAUAAUUCGGAAAGACAGGCCACCGCCACCUUAUCCUGACAAAGCAAAGCAAACUUGCACAUCAUCCUUCCUGCCCAUUGCUUCUUCAACUGAGAAUCCAUUGUGGAGGCUUCGAAGGCCAGAAUCCCUUUCAGGGGGCGUAGGAGCAAGAAUAAUGACUCAAGUACCUGAGCAAUCGGCCUUGUGUGAGGAGCAACAAGAGCCAAGAGAGAGGAAGACCUCCACUCCAGAGAGUGAACAAAACAAUAAACAUUUGUCAGAGCCAGACUGGCAUGACUGGGAAAGAGAUCGAUGGCAGAUCUGGGAAAUUUUAUCACCUGACAAUCCAGAUGCUCUCCCUGAAACAUUAGUAUGAGAUCCCAGUGGCAGUGCCUAUGCUAUUCCCAGCAAAGGAAAGAAUGGGAAUGGGGACUGACUUCCAGCUUUGUUUUAUACCAAGCAAAUGCCAUUUUUUAAAAUAAAUAAAAAACAACAACAUAAAACUAUGUUCACUUUAUAAAGAAUUUUAAUAGCACUGUAACAUGUAUGCAUUUGGGUCUGGGUUGUAAUCAUCAUCAUAAGAAAAACGAGAUAAUUCCAGGCCUAACCACUCUGUAAAAUAUAAACUACAUGUAUAAUAAAAACUACAGCCUUCAUGUUGCUAAGAUGUAUUUAUGUAUCUGCAGUUCAGAUGAUUGUAUA